AUGUGCCAGAAAGAGAACCAGCCAAUUGACGAUUUCAUUGCUGAACUUCAGCAUCAAGCGGUAAUGUGUGACUUCGGUGACAAGCAUGACCGCCUCUUAGGCGACAGGAUUAUCGUCGGCAUCCGAGACGCAGCACUUCGAGAAAGGUUCCGCGAGAAAGACUUGACACUGGAGAAAAUCAUCGCUACGUGUAGAUCGGCGGAAAUCUCAAAGCAGCAUGUGACCUCGCUAGCAACGACUUCACAUGAACAAGAAGCAACUGUGGCCAGAUUGAGCAAAAAAGGCAAGCAAUUUCGACAACCUGACAAGCAUCACACGAAAAGGCAACCAGCGUAUCAUCUAAAGAACAGGCAGCCCACAGAAACAGCAGCUCAGCGUACGUGCGGCAGGUGCGGAACGGUGCAUCAACCCCGACAAUGUCCCGCCUACGGCUCAACAUGUUACAAGUGUGGAAAGAUCGGACACUUCGCGAGUGUUUGCCGUCAGAAACAACGGACAAUACAGAAAAAAGUUCACGUUCUCUACGACCAAGGGGACGACUCCGAACAGGAGUUAUUUUUACGAAACCUCACAGUGGACAUCAUGGAAAGUGCAGCGUCUGACUGGUUCGAGUGUGUCGAAGUGAAUGGUCGUCUCGUUAACUUCAAAUUGGACACGGGUUCAGAUGUCAACAUUCUCCCAGAGCAGCUAGUAAUAAACUGGAACCUGCAACCAACAGUGAAAGCUACGAAUGCCAAGGUCACCACGUACCUAGGUGAGCAGCUCAACAUUCAAAACGAAUGUCAGCUCUCUUGUUCGGUGAAAAACAAGCAAAGCCUUGUCAAAUUUUUGCUGGUUAAAGGAAGUCUCAAGCCAAUAUUGGGAGCAGCUGCAUGCACAGAACUAAACAUGGUGCACAGAUUUAGGAACGUUGAAGCAGUAGGAGAGGCUUGUCCUCCUCGGCAGCUUGAAGCAGUACUUCAAGAAUUUUCUGACGUAUUCGAAGGCAUUGGCAGACUCCCAGGAGAGUACAGCAUUCACCUACAGCAAGAUGCAAAGCCUACAGUUGCAGCCCCUCGUCGUGUGCCAUGUGCACUUGAAAAGACAGUCAAAGCCGAACUUGAACGUAUGGAACAAAAUUCCAUUAUCAAGCGUGUAACAGAACCGACGGACUGGGUGCAUCCCAUUGUUAUUAUUACUAAAAAAGACGGAAGUGUGCGGAUAUGUCUAGACCCCAGGAACUUGAACGUGGCAGUGAAGCGACACCACUAUCGCAUUUCUGUUGCUGAAGAACUCUUUGCACGACUCAGUGGGUGUACUGUGUUUUCAGUUCUGGAUGCCAAGAAUGCAUUUUGGCAGCUAGCGCUUGACGAGAGCCGCUCGUACUUGUGUACAUUUGCCACACCAUGGGGACGCUACAGGUUCCUGUGUGUACCAUUUGGCCUCAACAUUGUCCCUGAACUUUUUCAGCAGGCCAUUGACAGUAUUUUUGAACGUCAAGCUCUUGUAGCACCAUACUUUGACGACAUUUUGGUUGCAUCCAAAACACUUGAUGAACAUGUUGUUCACUUGCGUAAAGUGCUCAGCAUAGCACGAGCUAACAACCUCAAGCUGAAUUAUAACAAGCCCAAGCUGGGUUUACCAACAGUCACCUACCCAGGACAUCAGCUGACACAACAAGGCGUCACUCCUGAUCCCAGCAAAGUGAAGGCUAUCAACGCUAUACCAGCACCAACCUGCAAAGCGGAGCUUCUUCGCUUCUUCGGCAUGGCGACUUACCUAAUGAAGUUUGUCCCAAAUUUUUCUGCGAAGACACAGCCCCUUCGAAAAUUUCUCAAAUCUGAUGUUGCACGACACUGGACGCAAAAGAUGACCGAUGCAUUCAAUGACAUCAAGAGCAAACUGACAACAGCACUAGUCUUGCACUACUUUGACCCGGCACAGUCUAUUGUCAUAUCCACUGACGCAAGCUCCUAUGGAAUGGGCAGUGUCCUCCUUCAGCACGGACACCCAGUUGCCUAUGCAUCCACAGCACUCACACCAGCACAACAGCGCUACGCCCUGUCUCGUGCAGAUGAUCCAGCAGAGACAAUCAAGACAUCAGACCAGGAGUAUCAGGUUCUAGCCUGUACAUUGGUGCAAGCGUCAACUCCGAAGCUAGCAAGGAUAAGAACCUGCACAGCCGCUGAUAGCACACUCCAGUGUGUAGUGUCGUACAUCCAGAAAGGCUGGCCCAACGAGAUCUCAAAAGUUCCCAACAGCAGUGAAGCCCUACUACUCAAUCAGAGACUUGUUGUGCCAACGGCAUGUCAAAAAGAAGUGGUCUCAAGGCUGCACCUCACCCACCGAGGCAUUGUAUCUUGUAAGAACACAGCUUGCCAGAGUGUCUACUGGCCUGGAAUAAGCCAGGACAUUGAGCAGAUGAUAACCAACUGCGAGGUCUGCCAGCGCCAUCAGCGGGCUAACCAACGAGAGCCACUCCUCGACAGAGAACUACCAGCACGAUCUUGGGAAAAAGUGGCUGUGGACUUCUCCCACCACAAUGGCUUGACAUACUUGCUUCUAGUGGAUUAG